AUGAUUUCCGACAGAGAUUUGAGAAGAGACCAUGAGAGAGACAAAGAUAAAGUUGUUGAGCUCAAUAGACAAAACCAAGCGAUUGAACUAAUCCAACUCGACAAUUUUUAUCGCAUGAAGAGUGGUGCCGUAAAGAUUCACGAUGAUAAGUAUGGUAGCAAGGAAAGAUGGAGCAACAUGAUCAUCGACGCCUCACAGAACAGUAAUCUCUUAGCGCCGGCUGAAUUUACAAUCCAGGAUAAACACGGCAAAAGACGUACAGUUAAAAUUGGGCCUAAAACAAGCGCACAUGAUGUAAAGAGGGCUAUUGAUCUGUAUGAUGCGGCAAAGUACGAAGAGCAGAAGAAGAGAGAAAUGGCUGAUUGGGAGCGGAGUAAAGAGGAGUUUGGCUCUCGGUUGCGAGAAAUUUUGAGGGAAAAAAAUCACAUUCUAGGAUUCAGUCCGAGAGAUGAAUCCUUUGACGCAUGCUUCAGUGAUUUAGGCUACAGAGUGCACACAACCCCGGCGGAUGUUACCUACCAUACAUCCUUUCGCCAGCCUAUGCCAGACUUGAAGCUCGAGAGGGAAAAUUCUCGACUGUCGGAUCAACUUCGUGCUUCACAGAGACAGCUCACAGAAGCUAGGGAAGAAUACAGAACCCUCGAAUAUGAAAAUUACAAACUCAUCCAAGAAAAUGUAGAGGUUUCUGAAUCUUUGGAUUCAACACAGAAGCUUUUGGAACAGAUUGCAGAGAAUAGAGACGAGCAUGUCAAGACAAAUAGAAGGUAUGCUGAAGAAAAUAGAAAACUUGAAUCUGAACUGGAGUCAGCCCAGGCACAAACACGAGCUCAGACACAACCACAACCACAGCCACGAUCGUGGUGGCCAUCAGCACGCAAAGUUACCUUCGAUGAUACCAGCGAAGAGUUGCGGGAGGAGGUCAAAAAAUUGUCUAGGUCCUUGGAGAAUAUGAAGAGUGGUAGGGAGCCACACAACAUUCUCCGAGAUGUCGGAGUCGAAACUCGCCUCGAAUUCCUACAACUUUCUAAGGCGCAUGAAUAUCCUGUCAUACGCCACCAUACUCACCAUAGAAUUGUUUCCAGAAGUUCUACUCCAGAGAUUAAUGUGGAUCUUGGUGCUAAGAGUACAAGUAUUGAUGGAAGUAGUCUAUACGGAGGAGAUAUUCGAGCAGAUGCGGCUCUUCUGAGCAUCAACUCAAGUCAUCGAGUCAAGUUCGAACAAACAUUCAAAGACAUUUACGGAGUUGCAUUUAGCGAGGUUAUAAAGGGCUGCUCUAACAAGUAUGCUCCACAAUGCAAGGUUACCGAGAUGGCAAACUUGAGAGGAACGAUGGCACACUUAGGAUGUUUUACGAGACACACGCCUGAUAAGGAUGCCGACGAUAGAUUCUUGGCUUUGUCGGUAUAUUGUCAAGAAGAGUACGAAGACAUAGAUCGAAGAUCAACAUCAGCCCUCCAAGCGGCCAAGACAUUCAGUAGCGAUCUUAGAGUCAUUGAAGCUUGUAACAAGAUGAGUAGAAUAUGCGAUACCCUUGUCGAAAGAACCAAGAGUGGUGGUCAUCGUUCGAUGUCAUUUACAGGUGGCGGUGUUAGUGGUAAAUACAUUUGA